UGACAUUUAAAAGGUUGGGACAAAGCUUUCAAAGACAGAGAUGUUCAACCAUUUCUUCUGGAUAACGUUAUUGUUUUUGGAGAAGAAAAAAAACGUUACUGUUUUCAACAAGCAACUGUCUUACAAAUAGAAGAAACAAAGAAACAACUUUUAAAGAAUAUGAAUGGUGAAGAUGUCCUCAAGAACUUGAAGACAAAAUCAACUUGUUGACAGCCAGACAAGUGUUGAACUUACUUGCUGAUGUUAACGAUAUGAAUACAGAUCGCUUUGCACCCUAAUGGACUGCAAGGGACCGUCCGUCACCAAUAGCUGAUAUAUUUCAUACAUUUUGGGCCGUGAUAUUACCAGUACUUUAACUCGUUAGGUAGUUUACUAACUCGGCAGCUGUGAACUUGUGAACAGAGCUUUCUGUCGUAGUUAAUAAGAGAGGCAUUAUUUUCCUCAGUAGUUAUGUUUCCGUUAGAUUCGACGUGGAACAUUUCCUUUGCAGGUUGCGGUUUCUUAGGCAUCUAUCAUAUCGGUGUAGCGAGUUGUCUACAGGAACAGUGUCCGUUUCUAGUGCAUAAUGCCCGGCACAUCUACGGAGCAUCAGCUGGGGCGCUCACCGCCACUGCGCUGGUCAGCGGAGCUUGUUUAGGUGAGGCAGGUGCCAACAUCAUUGAUGUGGCCAAAGAUGCCCGGAAGCGUUUCCUGGGUCCUAUGCACCCGUCCUUCAACCUGGUAAAGAUCAUGCGUAACAUGUUGUAUAAAACGCUGCCACCGGAUGCCCACCAUCGUGCCACAGGGAGGCUGGGCAUAUCACUCACCAGGGUGACCGACGGAGAGAAUGUCUUGGUGUCCCACUUUAACAGCAAGGAGGAACUGGUGCAGGCGUGUGUCUGCAGUGCUUACAUCCCUGUGUACUGUGGACUGAUCCCCCCUACACUGCAGGGUGUGCGUUACGUGGACGGUGGUAUCAGUGAUAAUCUGCCUCAGUAUGAGCUGAAGAACACCAUCACUGUGUCUCCGUUCUCUGGAGAGAGUGACAUCUGCCCAAGAGACCGAUCCACAAACAUGCAUGAACUACGAUUCACCAACACCUCCAUCCAGUUUACACUCACCAACCUCUACAGAGUGUCCAAAGCUCUGUUUCCCCCUGAGCCACAGGUUAUGAAGGCCAUGUGUAAACAGGGGUACAACGAUGCUCUUCACUUUCUGAAGAAGAACGGACUGUUGAAUCCCCAAGGACCCCACAGACCUCUAAUAGCCGACGGUGAGGAAGAUGACGUCAUCGAGGAUGAUGAUGACGACGAUGAUGAAGAACACGAGGUGCGGCUGGUACAGAACGAGAUCAGACCCAUUGAGAAAGAGUCCGUGGUGGCCCCCGCCGAGUCCAAAUCCAACAUCGAGGAUCAUAUCUUCGAGCACCUGCCACCCAGACUACACAAAGCUCUGGUGGAAGCCUGCAAGGAGAGAUACAGUCUGGGCCAGUCGCUAAGCAACCUGCUGCCAGUCAGGAUGGCGACGGCUAUGAUGCUUCCAUACACCUUUCCCCUGGAGUCUGCUCUGUCUAUGACUGUUAGACUGUUAGAGUGGCUGCCUGAUGUUCAGGAGGAUGUGGGAUGGAUCAGGGAGCAGGUCGUUAAGGUGUUGCAGUGUGCUGUGAGCCGGGCCACCAAGACUGUCUCAAACCACGUCUCUGCAAAGUAA